CAAUGGGGUGGAGGAGAGAGGAGAGCCCCGGGUCCACACUUCACUGGAUGCGGCAGCGGCAUGUGGACGACAGACUCACCGGAGACGUGUGCGGGUACUUCAUGUUGACCGGUCCGGGCACACACUGGAGCCCAUGACCCGCCGUGAUGGCUGGGGGACGCAGAGGACUGGUGGCCCCACAAAACACUUUUCUGGAAAAUAUUGUCCGACGGUCUAACGUUUGGACAUUAUCACAUAGACACACAGACACAAAUUUUGUGCUGGGGAAUGCCCAGAUCGUAGACUGGCCCAUCGUUUACAGUAAUGAUGGCUUUUGUAAGCUGUCCGGCUACCACCGUGCUGAGGUCAUGCAGAAAAGCAGCACUUGCAGCUUUAUGUACGGAGAGCUCACAGAUAAGGACACAUCUGAAAAAGUCCGGCUGACUUUCGAUAACUAUGAGAUGAACUCAUUUGAGAUCUUGAUGUACAAGAAAAACCGAACGCCGGUAUGGUUUUUUGUGAAAAUAGCACCUAUACGAAACGAACAGGAGAAGGUUGUGCUCUUCUUGUGUACGUUUAGUGACAUCACAGCAUUCAAACAGCCAAUCGAAGAUGACUCCUCCAAAGGCUGGGGGAAGUUUGCUCGUCUGACCAGGGCUCUGACCAGCAGUCGGGGGGUCCUGCAGCAACUGCAGCCCACUGUACAUAAAGGAGAGAAUGUACAUAAGCACUCGCGCCUUGCAGAGGUUCUCCAGCUGGGCUCAGAUAUCCUCCCCCAGUAUAAACAAGAGACACCCAAGACCCCCCCUCACAUCAUCCUGCACUACUGUGCCUUUAAGACCACCUGGGACUGGGUCAUCCUCAUUCUAACCUUCUACACCGCCAUCAUGGUCCCCUACAAUGUCUCGUUCAAAACCAAGCAGAACAACGUCACCUGGCUGGUUGUGGACAGCAUUGUGGAUGUGAUCUUUCUGGUGGACAUUGUACUAAAUUUCCACACCACGUUUGUGGGUCCAGCCGGGGAAGUGAUAUCAGACCCGAAACUGAUUCGCAUGAAUUACUUGAAAACCUGGUUUGUGAUUGACCUGUUGUCCUGCCUGCCUUAUGAUGUCAUCAAUGCCUUUGAGAACGUGGAUGAGAACUGGAAUCAUCGAGCUGUCACUCAAGGUAUCAGUAGUUUGUUUAGUUCCCUGAAGGUGGUUCGGCUGUUGCGUCUGGGCCGGGUGGCUCGUAAACUUGAUCACUACAUUGAGUAUGGAGCUGCUGUUUUGGUUUUGCUGGUUUGUGUGUUUGGAUUGGCGGCCCAUUGGCUGGCCUGCAUCUGGUACAGCAUUGGAGACUAUGAAGUCAUUGACGAGGAUCGUAACACAAUACGUACGGACAGUUGGCUUUAUAUGCUGGGUGACACCAUUGGGUCACCCUACCGCUUCAAUGCCAGUGCGGGAAGAUGGGAAGGCGGACCUACAAAAGAUUCUGUCUACAUCACGUCUCUGUACUUCACCAUGACCAGCCUGACCAGUAUUGGCUUUGGAAACAUUGCUCCAACCACAGAUGGGGAGAAGAUCUUCGCCGUGGCCAUGAUGAUGAUCGGAUCUCUCCUCUACGCCACCAUCUUCGGUAAUGUGACGACUAUCUUCCAGCAGAUGUACGCCAACACUAACCGAUAUCACGAGAUGCUUAACAGCGUGCGGGACUUCCUCAAGCUGUACCAGGUGCCCAAAGGCCUGAGCGAGAGAGUUAUGGAUUAUAUCGCAUCCACCUGGUCCAUGUCCCACGGUAUUGACACUGAAAAGGUUUUGCAGAUCUGUCCUAAAGACAUGCGUGCUGAUAUAUGCGUACACCUGAACCGGAAGGUUUUUAAAGAACAUCCUGCUUUCCGUCUGGCCAGUGACGGCUGUUUGCGGGCCCUGGCCAUGGAGUUCCAGACCAUCCACUGCGCUCCAGGCGAUCUUAUUUACCACGCGGGCGAGAGCGUGGACAGCCUAUGUUUUGUGGUGUCAGGGUCACUGGAGGUCAUCCAAGAUGACGAGGUGGUCGCCAUUCUGGGUAAAGGUGAUGUGUUUGGGGAUGUGUUCUGGAAGGAGGUGACUCUAGCUCAGGCGUGCGCAAAUGUGAGAGCGCUAACAUACUGUGACCUGCACGUGAUCAAACGGGACGCGCUUCAGAAAGUCCUAGAGUUCUACACCGCCUUCUCCAACCACUUCUCACGAAAUCUCCUGCUUACGUACAACCUGCGCAAACGGCUUGUGUUCAGAAAGAUCAGUGACGUGAAGCGUGAAGAAGAGGAGAGGCAGAGGAGGAAGAACGAGGCGCCGCUGAAUCUUCCUCCCGAUCAUCCUGUCCGCCGUCUGUUCCAGCGUUUCCGCCAGCAGAAGGAAGCCCGUCUUGCCAUUGUGCAGCCCAAUCCUGAUGACCCUGAUCUUGAGAAGGGCCAAAUGCACAACAAAGUCAUCAGCCAAGAUGUGGUCGCCACCACAAGCAUCGUCACAGUAACGGAAAGCCCAGCCACGCCCAUCCCAUCCCACCCAAACAAAAAGCACACCCUGGGUGCGUUCGACCAGGCCAAGCUCAGCGCCCCAGUCCCAAACAUCCCUCGGACAUCAGAGCCACGCGCACGGGGGUGGGCCAGGUUUAGGGACAGCAUUGCAAAGCCGGAGAGCUGGGGGAACGUUCCUAAAGCAGAAUCAAUGGAGACUCUCCCAGAGCGGAGCAGCUCCGCAAAGACUUCAGAGUCCAGCGGACUCAAGAAGACCGACUCCUGCGACAGCGGCAUCACCAAAAGCGACCUACGGCUGGACGAGGGUGGCGCACGCACCCCUGUAGACCGAAGCCCAGUCCUACCCGACGGAAAAACUCCCCCGAUUCCACCUAUCCCCCCUAUUCCCGAACACACGCUGCACGCCUCACUCCUGGAACUCCGUACUGAACUUAAAGAGGAGCUGUCGGCGCUCGGUAACCGAAUGGUUGCCUUGGAGACACAGGUUGCUGAGGUAUUGAGGUUGCUAAGGAGCAGAAAGUCUCCGACCUCUCCCAUGUCGCUCUUCCAGAUCUCACGACCGACAUCACCAGACACAGACAAGGCGGACAUAUUCCCUUGAAGAAAAAGAGAGAGCAUCCCUCUCCCAUAUCAACUCCAUCUUAAUUUCCAUAACGAGGUCCGGGGGGAACACAGAGAUCGAGUCUUGUGUAUUAGCCUCUCUAUUCAGAACAACACCACCAAACCUGAUUAUCUUUAUCUCCGUCACAGAAUAUAUGAACUUGUAUAUAUUCUUGAUCUUUCAGGUUUCCUCAUUUGUAUCUUAGAAAGAGAGUGCCUGACCAUACAAACUCUGAUAAAUGCAUUGUGUGUGUGCGUGGAGAAUUGCGGUAAUGAACAUACUGUGUGCGUCAGAUGAGUGGUUAAGGGACAUGUUAGCAUGCUGUGAGAUGUUCUCAGGUUAGAGAGGUCAUUAUCAGGUCCACAGGAGAUGUGUUGAGGUCAGUAUAUCACCUCAUUGCUUCUCCACCUGAGAGCAGAGAGAAAGAAACACGACUCAGAACUCAGAAGAAUAACAGUAAACCAAAAAUCCACCACGGUCAUAUCAAACAACACAUCAGAAAUAUUUUGUUAGGGAAUAAAGAAAAGAAGCUCAAUACGUCAUGUUUUUCCUACAUGAAGAUUUAUUUCUGUUACGACAAAGGUACAUUUUGUACAGUCAGAAAAUUUUGUAUGGCAAAGAAAAAAAAUCCUAGGUUCUAUAAAAUAUAUAUAUUCCCCCUUAAGAGGUAAUUAUCUCAUUCUGUCAGCAAGACACCAGAGGAACAGUAUUAAAUGGCUCAAUUCCCAUUAAGGUUAUUUUAUGCUUCAGAGCGUGUUUUACAAUAAUGAUAUCUUGAUUAGCUCUAAUGUUAUGGCCCGGGUCAUUUGCUUACACUCCAAAUACUGAGCAGAAAUUGGAAAAAGUAUUCAGCAUUUGUAUCUGGCAACCCAGCACUGACUUUAAAUAAGACAUAUGAAUGUUACAAUAUUAAUAACAAUACUGACAUGCAAAUCCAUGUAAACUGGAAUGUAAAGCAUCAGCCUGAGCUGAUUCUGAAGCAAUAAUCAUUGCUGCUGUAUUUCACACAGAUUAUUCCUGCCACGCUUCUCCGGCUCAAAUACAACAUUUAACCUGAACCACAUGAUGUAAUCAACAUGCAGCCCUGAUGUCACUGCAUGCCUCUGCAGCACAGCAAUAAAAGUUUUAACAUUCAGAGAAUGCACUUAUUCUCUGUUGAAUGAGAUUGAGGAGGAUUGUACAGAGUUAACUUGUUAAGGCAGACAUGCAACGCCCGUAGAUACUAGCAUGGUUUACUUACAGAGAUUCGUUACCAUCUGAUCGUGACUGAUUUGCUCAAAUACGACAACAGCAUGGCUUGAUUUGCACUUAAAAUAAGGUUAAGACAUGCAUGGUAAAUACAAAGGAAAAUUUGAAUAAAUUACCAUUAAAAAGAAGUACUUCUCUACUGCAGGAGUAUUUAAUCUCUUGCCUCUUACCCCAUAGAGCUAAUGGAUUCAGUCUUUGUAGCAGACCUGUCUGACUUGGUGAGUGAGUGAGUCCAAAUUUGCAUUUAGUAGGGGAUACGGAUCCUCACAGAUCUCAGACUCGCAUUAGGCACUUUGAAUAGUUUUUUCAGACUUGACUUGAGAACCAAAGUAUCGCGUCUCAACAAAAUAGGCCACUACAUCAUAAGAGACCAGUCCAUGAUAAAGAAACUUUUCUAUGGUCGGGUUUCUUUGACAGAAGCCUACGUGAGUAAGUUAUCCUAUUUAUCCCAAAAUCAAAAAAAGAAAGAAAAAAGAAGAAAUCACAUUUUAUAUAAAGUAAAUUAAGUACAUUUUAAGGCUGUUUUGUCAUAUUAAAUAUAAUAAUAAAAUAUUACAAUCCAUUUGAAAUAUUAAAUAUUAAUACUAAACCUAAAAUACACAAUUUAGUAUAAAGAAUACCACCGAAGUAUUUUUCUUCCAUUACAGUACUGAGAACUGAGCAUGAAAUGAUGAAUUUAAUGUAAAACUAUAAAAAAAAAAAAAACAUUAAAAUCUUAAUGCAUGUAUUUAUUUAUGCAAAAUAUAAUUUCUUAUUUUUUCCUUUUGAAUUUGGGGUGAAAUAUGAACUGAACAUGUUUUUGACCGAUUUUGUGAGAACACGCAAUUGUACACACAGCAUAUUAGUUUGUGUGUUGCUGCAUGAACGUAUAUAUGUUUGACUAGAAACUUGACGUGUACGGUACAAUAUUUUGGGGAACAAUGAGUAUUUUUAUAGAGUCCUUAACACUGAUACUGAAGUCCAAACGGAGUUGUGCUAUUCUAUCGAAGCGCAGGGUCUGUACGCUCACAAAGGUCCUUCUAAGGGUCAUUCUUUAAAAACAACAUACAUAACACUUUCAGAUGUAUUCAGCAAACAGCAUGGCCAUUAUACACUGACUGAAACAUUGUCACUGAAAUCAUUUCUUCACAUGGACAUUACUUCUACUGUAAAGCACAAAGACAAAAUUUGUAAAAUUGCUGUAAAAUAUUAUUUAUGACAAUAAAAUAUUUUAUAUUUUA